AUGCUUAUAGCGGCUAUACUAGCCUUGCUUUCUUGCCAUGGUUUCGCUUCCCAAUUGGGAGCGACAUUUGGUGAUGCUGCUGUGUCGCAACUUGUACGACAUGCUGCUGCCAGGGUCCUGCAGGAGCCGCGAAUCGCUGAGAUAACACUAAAAACUCGAGAAUCACCUUCGUUGGGAUCAUUGGCUCAUCUCGACAUUCUCAACCGAGUGAACUACAAAAACAUUUCCGUCGUCUUCCAUGCAGACUCUCUACAUGUGGUUGUCGAUAAGUUUUCUUUGCUUUCCCAUGGCAACCUCUCCGAAAUUUUUUGGCCAUUCGGUUUGGGAGAACAGGUGCUUGAAUUAGGUUUGCAGCUGCACCGCGCUGAGAUCCGACUCGAUGCCGAUGAGACGACAUUUUCACUUGGCGAAUGCCUUCUGGUAGGAUCCGAGCUGGCCGCCUCAGUUCCAGGUCACUGGAUUGCCGACAGAGGAGCAUCAGCAAUCGCAUCGAUAAUGACUCCUGUCCUUGACUCAAUGAUUUGCAAUGCCCUUCGACAUCACAUCGGCAGCUUGGAGGCAAGCAAAGUCAUACGGUUCCCAGUGUACGACUUGAUACCAGAAAAACUUCGAUCGUACGUGACAAGAAACGACACUACUCUUUACUACAGGCUGAAAAAUAUCAACGUGAACGAUCACCAGCUGACUGCUCGAGCGCAGCUUGAAUGGGUUGAUAUUACAGAAACUCCUGUGGUCUCGUUGUUGGAAGACGCUGUGAACUCAACUCUCCUCGAAGUCGAGCUGAACGGUGAUGAUGUUAUUACGGUAUGGAUCGAAGAUGGAAUCGUCAAUGAACUACUAGAGCAGGUUGACUGGAAUUUCGAGUGGAUGAACGAGCAGCUCCCCGUCACCAGCCCAGUGAUACCUCAGGAUUCAAGGGAGUUUCUCACUACCCUGUGUACCGAGUGCUAUUUCCAAGUGAACGUCGGAGCCAGAGGUCGACCAACUUUUGCGGCAACCAACUCAUCGUUAGUGCUCGAGAAACGAGACCGCGUUCAUCUGAGAGUGGUGAAUCCUGAUCGAAAUCUCACCUCUGUGUUCGUCUCGUUCGUUCUCACAAUUCAAGCUGAAAUGCGCCCGUCAUUCGAUGGAGGAGUUCUGAGGACUCUCGUUCAACUUCUGGACACGAAUAUCGAAAUGGAAGUCGGUGCGUUCCCAAAAUCAUGGGGAAUUUUCAUGCAAGACCUCAUGAGAGGAAUGAUUAUGGACAUGCUAUGGCCUGAAAUCAAAAACGCCAUCGAAGAGCUCAGCUAUGGUAAAGGGGUUCGGAUCUCUCGCGCCUGUGGAGUCGACCCGAAUGAGAUUCGCCUCGAUAUUGGAGAGGGAAACUUCGCUGUGACGACGCGUCUAGCAUUGCAAUACCUUGAUGUGGACAAAUGUGUCAAAGAUUUGAAGACAUCUCUACCGAACACUUCAAAGAUAUUUCAGAAAAUAGAACGAUAA